AUGCCGGAGACGCAGGCCGGGCUCCGCUGUGUGCUGUGCCACGGGGCUGUCUCCCUGCCUUGGAGCUGCCGUACCGGCGCCUCCUCCUUCCUGCCCUGCGGGAACCCCAAGGGCAGGCAGCACACAGCCUGGACCCUUUGUCCCUCCUCCCACCUCCCACUACCCACAGGACAGGGCCAGGCUUCGGCGUGCUGGGGCAGCAAGGAUGACUUGAGCGGCUUCGUGGACCCAGGACUGGCCCUCCAAGAUGCACAGGAUCUGUAUGCAGUGGGCGAGAAGAUUUGCGGGACUGAUGAGAUGAAAUUCAUCACCAUCCUGUGCACACACAGUGCCACGCACCUGAUGAGAGUGUUUGAGGAGUAUCGGAAAGUUGCCAACAAGAGCAUUGAGCACAGCAACAGGGGUGAGGCCCACGGCUCGCUGGAGGAGACCAUGCUCACAGUGGUUAAAUGCACCCGGAACCUCCACAGUUACUUUACACGACUUUACUAUGCCCUGAAGGGAGCAGGGACUCGGGAUGGGACCCUGAUAAGACACAUCGUUUCAAGGAGUGAGAUUGACUUAAAUCUUACCAAGUGUCAGUUCAAGAAGAUGUGCGGCAAGACCCUCAGCAGCAUGAUCAUGGCAAGCCACGAGUUCCCAGUUCUCCCAGUUCUAACACCAGUUUGA